AUGGAGUUCACUAUCGGCUGCGCCCAUGACGGAAUGGCGGAGGACUUUUACGACGUGAGCUUGGUUGACGGGUACAACGUGAGUUUUGGUGCGGCCGUCGUCCUGCGCCUCCGGCGACUGCUAGUAUGCUGGUUGCGUGGUGGGGGUGCCGAGACAAUUGGGGGAGAGAAGAAAUUAAAGUUUAUUAGCCUUUACUCUUUUGUGUUUUCGCGAUUUGAUUCGAGUAAUUUCUGCCACGCGCGUGGUCUUAAUGGGGCUCCGUUGAUAUUCCGAACGUUAAUGGAGGUCUCGAUGACGAGGAAGGUAGCUGUGUUUGACCAAUCAAUAGGCCAGAAAAACGUUGUCUGCACCUAUUGGCUUGCCGGAAGGUGCAAGAAGAACCCGUGUCGGUUUAUGCACUGUGAACAGUCUAAGAGUGCCCAACCUAAAUCGACGCAGCCUGGAAAAGUGCCUCCAAGAAAGAUGACAUGGAGGAAUCCACAACUCCACAGCCACAAGAUCGUUGCAAGUAAUGAAACAUACACUAACGGCACAAUCGGUAAUAAGAGAAGGUCACCGGAUGAUGCUAGCAAGAAAGGUCCCGUGCAUCAUGAGCCGGCCACUGCUAAAUCUGAAAAGUCCAGUGUACAGAAAAAUCAGCUAGCACAAUGCAAGUACUGGGUUAUAGGAAAUUGUGUACUUGGAGAUAGAUGCAAGUAUGUACACUCUUGGUUCAGUGGUUCUGGAUUUACGAUGUUGGCAAAGUUGGAAGGUCAUACGAAGGGCAUUAAUGGAAUUUCCCUCCCGUUCGGCUGUGACAAGUUAUAUUCAUGUGGCAAGGACCGAUCAAUUCGAGCUUGGAACUGCCACAGCGGACAGUGUGCGGGUACCUUAACAACUGAUGAUGAGACCGGGUGUUUAUUCUCUGAAGGCCAAUGGGUGUUAGUCGGACUGCAAAAUAGAGUGCAGGCAUGGAACAUCCAAAAGCAAUCUGAGUUUUCUCUUAAUGCUCCAGCUGGGCUAGUUCGUAGCUUGGUCAGUGACGAUGCAAACAAGCUGUUUGCUGGAUUAGAGGAUGGUACAAUAUUGGUCUGGACAUGGCAUCCAGAGACGACCGAUUUACCCGAACCUGUUGCAAUGCUGAAGGAACACACAAGUGCUGUUUGUUCACUUGCAGUUGGAUCAGGAAAUAGACUUUACUCAGGGUCGAAGGAUUGUACCGUAAAGGUGUGGGACCGCGAGUCUUUUCAAUGCCUGCACACGUUACGUGGGCAUGUAAGAGACGUUAUGUCCGUACUUUGCUGGGACUCCUACUUGCUAUCUGCUUCUCUGGAUAAUGCAAUAAAGGUCUGGGCUUUGAAUGAAAUCGAGACCAUUGAGGUUGUUUACGAGAGGAAAGAAGAUUCUGCGGUGAUUGCCCUUUGUGGGUUAGCUGAUGGAGAAAAUAAGCCUAUUCUAUUGUGUUCGUGUGAUGACAACACAGUCCGCCUAUAUGAUAUGCCAUCAUUUACGGAAAGGGGCAGAAUUUUCUCAAGGGGGAGAGUUGAGGUGAUUCAGACGGGAAUCAAGGGCUUGUUUUUCACCGGUGAUGCUACCGGCGAGAUUGCGGUAUGGCAGUUGAUUGGGCUUCCAAAUGCAGCUACUGCAUGAAACAUUGUUAGUUUUGAGGACACACCACAUUUUUUUGCCUUUUGCUGUCACUCAGAACAUUUGAUAUUUUGUAAUUUAUUAUGUAAGAAUAAAGAAUCUGAUUUGUAGCAAACAUCUUCCGGUUGUAUGUUAUCAUUACGUAAUUUCAUAAAUGUUAAUUUUUUUUUUUACAUCAAAUUUUUU